AGCUGCAUCCUUAUCUAACACACACACACACACACACACACACACACACACACACACACAGAGUUGGACAUUAUUUUGGAAUACCUACUUUUCUGGACCCUCCCUCAGUACUGUGUCAGAAGUCAGAAGUUCAGUUCUUAACCCCCACUCAAGAACAGACCUCAUCAGGUUGAAGGCAAAAUGAAGCUGGUUGUGCAGAAGAUUUGGCUGUGCUGUUUGCUGGCCAAGCUUGUGCCCUGUGCUAUAAGUGCCCCACUUCAGAUGACCUCUGAGCAAAAAGUCCACCCAGAGCCCUGUGUGCCCAAGCAGGGUGGGAUGGAUUCAGCAGAACUUCUUCCACAGAGCAAUGACACAGAGGUGUUGGCAGCAGGUCACAGUGCUCAGAUGAGUGAACGAGUGAAGCGUGGGUGUAACCUUCUCACCUGUAUGGUACACGACCUGGCCUACCGCAUCAACCAGACCAGCAAGAGAAUGAACAGUGCCCCGCAGGAGAAGAUCAGCCCCCAGGGCUACGGCCGGCGACGCAGGCGCUCUCUCCUGCACCGAUCUGCGCCUCGGAGCCGCGGGGAGGCCCGUCUCGGGCUGGCGUGGCUCCACACCCAGCGGCGUAGCGCACCACAAACACAGACUUAAACACCAACCUGCGGACGGGUGUCUGCUUCGACCCCUCUGGAGGAGCUGUGGGUUUAUGAAGGACUCUGCUAACAUCUCUGGGGCUUCUGGCAAGGGGAACAAGUACUGAGAGGACCACAAAGCUAUAAGAUCUUCACCAGUAAAGCCCCAUAGAGGGAAUGCAUGGAAGGAUGAGAUCUUUGGGAAAGCUAGAUGUGACACACACUCAUACACUAAUAUCAUGGAGGAAGCUAAUACACUUGAAGCUGGAUGUGUAUGUAAUACGGGACAGGUGCAAUCAUUUUUAGUAGUACUUUAUAUAUUUCAUCAUUUAUGUCUAUAAAAUUGUAAAAUAUAUUAUGUAUGCUGUAUGUUACAAAUCCAUAUAUUUAUACAUUCCAUAAUGUACUUAUAAACUUGAGAUUAAGCUAUUUUUAUACAUAAUAAAUAAAAUGUGUAUUGUAUAUUUUAGUAACUGCCAUUUCGAAAUACAAUACGUAACCUGUGCUUUCAUAUGUUUUAGUGAUAUAAUUGUAAAACAUUGUGAAUUCAAAUCAUAUGAUCAAUUAUUAAACAGAUGCAAGACAAAGA